AUGAUGAAGAAGAAGAAGUUUAAGUUUAAGGUGGACUUCGAGCUCGAGGAGCUCUCCUCGGUGCCCUUCGUCAAUGGGGUUCUCUUCUGUAAGAUGCGGCUGCUGGACGGCGGCAGCUUCACCGCGGAGUCCUCCAGGGAGGUGGUGCAAGCCAACUGUGUUCACUGGAGAAAAAAGUUCUCAUUUAUGUGCAAAAUGAGUGCAAGCGCCACCACGGGCAUCCUCGAUCCCUGUAUCUACAGAGUAUCUGUGAGGAAGGAAUUAAAAGGUGGAAAAGCAUAUGCUAAGCUGGGCUUUGCAGAUCUAAACCUGGCAGAGUUUGCUGGCUCAGGAAAUACCACUCGUCGCUGCUUACUGGAAGGCUAUGAUACCAAAAAUACAAGACAGGAUAAUUCCAUUCUUAAAGUUUUGAUCAGUAUGCAGCUGAUGUCUGGUGACCCAUGUUUUAAAACGCCUCCCUCUACAUCAAUGUCUAUACCAAUUGCUGGUGAAUCUGAGUCUCUAGAAAAAGAUAGAAAAGGCGGAGAGACUCUCAAAGUGCAUCUUGGAAUAGCAGAUCUUUCAGCAAAGAGUGCCUCUGUUCCAGAUGAACUUGGUGCCUGUGGACAUUCUAGAACAUCAAGCUAUGCAAGCCAGCAGUCAAAAGUAUCAGGCUAUAGCACAUGUCAUUCCCGGUCAUCUAGUUUCUCUGAGCUCUGCCACAGGAGAAAUACCUCAGUGGGAAGUACAUCGACAGGAAUUGAAAGUAUUCUAGAGCCAUGUGAUGAAAUUGAGCAAAAAAUAGCCGAACCAAAUCUUGAUGCAACUGAUAAAGAAGAUACAGCCUCAGAAAAACUGAACAGAUGCCCAGUGAAACAAGAUUCUGUAGAAUCUCAGCUGAAACGAGUGGAUGAUACCAGAGUGGAUGCAGAUGAUAUUGUGGAGAAAAUAUUACAAAGUCAAGACUUCAGCCUGGAUUCCAGUGCGGAAGAAGAAGGACUGAGGUUAUUUGUGGGUCCUGGGGGAAGUACAACCUUUGGCAGUCAUCAUCUCCCAAACAGGGUGGGCUCUGGAGCUUAUGAACAAGUUGUGAUCAAACGCUAGAAGUCAAGCUGGGGUCCUAGUUUCCCCGUGAAUUUAAGAUGUGGGCAAUUGAUAUAUCAAGGCAUUUUAUUCAAGCAGUUAAGAGAAAAUGAGCCUGUUUUUAAAAUGAAGUUCACCUAUCAAGAGGAAGCCAGUGCUGACUUCUCUGAAGGCACCCACACCACCAUCCUUUCUACCCACCAAAGGUGGGAGGUCUCAGUGUACACUGUGUCCCGUAGAAGCACGUGGCUUCGUCGUCACACACCUGAUAAUGAAAAGCCUGCUUUUUCUUGCAAAAUGCCCCAGUGGGGAAAACCGCACUAUACACAUCUGUGUAUAAUUUUCAUAUUCAAGUGUAAAAUCUGUGACAGAGGUGCUCAACAUAUUUGGGCUCUGUGUUUCGGUGUUUUUUGUUUUCGUUCAUUUUAUGUUUGAGAAACAGUAAGUAAAUAUAAUUUAAACCCUAUAAAUUCUGUCAAGAUAGUUCUAAUUCCUUUCAGGGAAAUCAUCUAUAUUAUACUACCUAGAGUAUUAUACUAAGUUUAUUGACUCUUUGAUGCAGUAACUGAUAUAAAGUGUGAGUGUUCAUGUUUUGGGAAAAUGUUAUACUACAAUUUAAACAUGUGAAAUGUUUAAUAAUAAUUCUAAAUGUAUCAGUCAUAAAUAAAUGACAAAUAUGUUUAAGUCUGAGGUAGGUGAAUGGGUAUAAUGCCAUUAUGCAGGAUAUAUUAUUACCUGUUAAUAUUAGAUGAGCUGCAGAACCUCUGUUAGUCAAUACUCAAUAUGAUAGGCUACCAGAAGGCAUCCUAACAGAGGAGCUGUUUUAAUGAGCUAAAUACAAAGAUAUGCUGGUUUUGAGAGUCAGAAUUUAAGAGGAAAAUUGUGAUCAGAAACAGAGCCACCUUUUCUUUGAAAUUCAGGCCUCCUCUGAAACUGGAAAUUCUUCUGACAUUGGUAGUGGCUAGAAGAUAGGGGACAGCUGCCUGACAUCACUGACGUGGACGGGUGGUUUCCUCUGUUAGCUUCCCAUGAUCAGAUACCACGAUUUCUUCGUUACUGUAUCGGAAGUGAGUUGUUUUAAGGCAAGAAUAGAAUAUAACGUGCAUCAAAUAUACCUUUUAAAAUAUGAUCUGGAUCGAGCCACCCAGUGGCGUGGAGGUUGAGGUGGCUGGAUCCCAUAUUGCUGACUGUGUGGUUCUAGUUCCAGACCCAG